ACCGCGCCCGGCUAAGCUGACUUUAGGGGCAACACGAUCUGAGUUUUGACAAGUUUACUUCUGGCACAUGCAGUCCCGAGCACUGCUUUUUGGCUAAAAUGCCCAGUGAUGUCAACUCUGUCCCUGGAUAUCCACAACCCGAUAGGUCAGUAUUCAGAAGAGAGGUCGAAAGGACGUCUGUUUCAGUUCAAUAGACCGGAAACACACCAGACAGUCCCAGGAACCCCAGAACUCUGGCCUCUGCCUGCGCGGGCGGCUAAGACGUCACUUAAACGCGCUGCCGCUGCGUCGGCCCCGUACCUGCGCGGAGGUCGGGCGAGGCGUUCUCUUCACCACUUUGCCCACCCGGGUGGCGCGUGGCAACGCGACCGUUACUAGGCUCCUGGGCCGCUCCCGGCCAGCGAGGGCUGCGAAAGGAGUUGUAGAUGAGGAAAUUGAGGCUUGGAGAGCUUAAGGGUCUUGACCAAGGACACAUUCCUAAGGACAGAAGUGAAGAAGAAUUUUAAAGUAUUUAGCUGGGCUACAAAGUAAAUCCACAUUUAGACGAGUAUAAAGUUUUGCUGAAUUAUCUGCGCUAUAUAGUCACUAGAGGUCACUGUUGCACAACAUUGCUUCAAAAGCAUAAACCCGGAGUAUUGUGUAUGGACACACCAAGGAAACCUGGUUAAGAAUCAUUGCUGAGGAACAGCUACAGUCAUAUGGAGCAUGUACACCACAGAAUCAAAAAGUGAAUAUUUGGAGGAUGAAAACUUCCAAACAUCUACAAAUCCUCAGAGUCUCAUUGAUCCUAAUAGUAUUGCACAUGGAGAAACUAAAACUGUCCUAUCAGACACAGAAGAAACAAAACCACAGAGAAAAGAGAAGACAUACAGUUCUUGUCCUCUAAGAGGAGUAUUGAAUGUAAUUAUUACAAAUGGAGUUAUACUCAUUAUGAUUUGGUGUCUGACCUGGUCAAUCUUAGGCUCUGAAGCUCUCCCUGGUGGAAAUUUAUUUGGAUUGUUAAUUAUUUUUUAUAGUGCCAUUAUCGGGGGAAAAUUUUUAGAACUCAUUAGAAUACCUUUAGUGCCUCCACUUCCACCUCUUCUUGGGAUGUUGCUGGCUGGUUUUAUGAUUAGGAAUGUUCCAUUCAUCAGUAAACAUAUCCAUGUCGAUAGCACGUUGUCUUCAGUUAUAAGAAACAUUGCCCUUACUGUUAUUCUAAUACGAGCUGGGCUUGGACUUGAUCCACAGGCUUUGAAGCAUUUGAAGGAGGUUUGUUUCAGAUUGGCAGCAGGUCCAUGCCUUAUAGAGGCAAGUGCAGCUGCUGUUUUUUCCCACUUCAUUAUGAAAUUUCCCUGGCAAUGGGCAUUUCUAUUAGGUUUUGUUCUAGGUGCUGUCUCUCCUGCUGUUGUUGUCCCUUCCAUGCUGCUGUUGCAAGAAAAUGGAUAUGGUAUUAAGAAAGGCAUUCCAACCUUACUAAUGGCUGCUAGCAGUAUGGAUGACAUUCUGGCUAUCACUGGAUUCAAUACAUGCUUGAGUAUAGUCUUUUCCACGGGUAAACAAAAACCCAGUUUCUCCAUGUUGGUCACUCUGGUCUCGAACUUCCGACCGACCUCAGGUGAUCCGCCCUCCUCGGCCUCCCAAAGUGCUGGGAUUACAGGUAGUAUAGUUCAUAACAUCCUAUACUCUAUAAGGAACGUAUGUGUUAGUCUGCUGGCAGGAACUGUUUUGGGAUUUUUUCUUCGAUAUUUUCCAAGUGAAGACCAGGAAGAACUUUCAUUGAAGAGAGGAUUUCUUGUUUUGACUAUGUGUGUUUCUGCUGUCUUAGGCAGCCAACGUAUUGGUUUACUUGGAUCUGGAGGAUUAUGCACACUAGUGUUGAGUUUCAUUGCUGGGACAAAAUGGUCCCAAGAAAAGAUGAAAGUCCAAAAGAUUAUUACAAAUGUAUGGGAUAUUUUUCAACCACUUCUUUUUGGUUUAGUUGGAGCAGAAGUAUCCGUUUCAUCUCUUGAAUCAAACACUGUUGGCAUAUCUGUUGCUACUGUGAGUUUGGCAUUAUGUGUUCGAAUGUUCACCACAUAUCUGUUGAUGUGUUUUGCUGGGUUUAGUUUUAAGGAGAAAAUAUUUAUUGCUUGCGCAUGGAUGCCCAAAGCUACAGUCCAGGCUGUAUUAGGUCCCCUGGCUCUAGAAACCGCAAGAAUCUCCGCACCGCACUUGGAAUCAUAUUCGAAGGAUGUGAUGACAGUAGCAUUUCUAGCCAUCUUGAUCACAGCUCCAAAUGGAGCUCUACUUAUUGGCAUUCUUGGGCCUAAAAUGCUUACACGCCAUUAUGAUACAAGCGAAAUAAAAAAACUGCAAUUGUCAACCUUAGAACAUAAUUAAAAAGUUUACUUGUCA